AUGACAUCGAUCACGGCUGCUCGGCCAACACUGACGUCUAACGAUUCGGCUGUGCUACAAGCUCUCUUUGAUGCCGAAUCCUCUCCAUCAUCGGGAGUCACUGUUGAUUCAUCGCUCCCCUCAUGGCCAUCGUCUCUGAAUAUCUCCGAAACAGACUUGACAUCGCUCAAGCAGCGCGAAACAGACAUCAUCCGCCCGUUGUUAUCAAACAAAGCACCAAGCAUAGAGACAGUCCAGUCGGCACUGAACGAUUUCGAUACUCUCCUCACCCAAUAUCCAAAAUAUCCCUCCGCAUACACAAAUCGAGCACAAACACUUCGCCUGCUGGUCGAUCUGAUCUACAGCACAACUGCGGGUAGUGAUCAAAGCACCGACACUGAGAUAGCCGAUGCUGCCCUCUUUGCUCCCCAAACCUCCCAGCUCUGCUCUCGCAUCUUCUCCGACCUAGGCCAAGCCAUUACCCUUGCCACGCCCGCCUUCCCCGCUGAUGCAGUCUCAACCACCCAGGAGCGGUUGUUGGCUGACGCACACACGCAUCGAGGUUACUUGCUUCUGAAAGCGGCACGCGUUAAAAAGGCUAGCUCUGGUGGUGAGGGGGCGGGACCGGAGCGUCUGCGUGGACUUUCGGCUGAUCAGCUUGAGGAAAUGGCGAGUCGGGAUUUCUUCUUUGGGGGUCGUUACGGGAAUACGAUGGCGCAGCAGCUCUCUGUACAUACGAAUCCUUACGCUAAAAUGUGUGGAGCCAUAGUGAAGGAGGCGAUGAAGAAGGAGCUCGAGGGGUGA